AGAGAUGUUAUAAUUCAAGAGCGUUAUCAAAAUUAGAGUGAUUCCUUCUUGGCCAGCUAUUUAAAAUUCUGACAAUGGGCAUAGUGUGUACUUUCUCAAAUAUUGGGAGAUAAAAAAAGGAUGACAGCAUAAAAUAGCAUCUCAUAUCACAGUACACAAUUUUCUGAUAUCUGUAGAACCCCAAAGGAUUCACUUAUGAAUGUGGCUAAAAAACUUUAUCCAGAUAUAUUAUCCAUUAAAGGUCUCUCAAUUCUAGAAUACAAUGAGAUAAUUCAUAAAUGCCGUGAUAUAUUAUUACAUGGGGGCGUUAUAUCAAUGCCAACUGAUACAAUAUAUGGAAUAGCUUGUUCUGCACAAAAUAUUAAAGCUGUCCAACGUUUGUAUAAUGUCAAACAAAGAAAUAUAUUAAAACCAAUUGCAAUAUGUGUAGCAGAUAUCGACCAAAUUUAUAAAUAUGCAGAGGUAAAUGUUGAUAAAUGUAUGUUGAAUGAAUUAUUACCUGGACCAUAUACUCUUUUAUUUAAUCGUAAAUCUAAUUUAAAUCCUGACUUAAAUCCAUACAAAUCAAAUGUUGGUAUUCGCAUACCUAAAGAUGAUUUUUUAUAUAACCUAACAAAAUCAUUAUCAAGUGGCCCAAUUGCAUUAACAUCUGCCAAUCUCUCAAAUGAGCCAAAUUCAUUAGAAAUUAAAGAUUUUAAAAAUAUUUGGACCAAUUUGGAUUUAAUUAUUGAUGGAGGUAAAAUUGAUAAUAAAGAGGCUCAAGGAUCUACCAUAAUUGAUCUAACUAAUUUGAAUCAUUAUAAAAUAACAAGAAAAGGAAGUGGACUAGAAAAAUGCAUCAAAAUUCUAAAUAAAUAUAAUCUACAAGAUCUAAUAUAAAAUAUUCCAAGAAAAUACUUAUUUUUAUUAUUUAAUAUAGAUAAUUAUAAUCAAAUUUAUCUCAAUCAUUAUAAAAUGGUUUAUAACUGUAUAUAUCUAGACCUAUGCACCAAUUAACAAAAUUAUCAGUGAUAGCCUUCCAGCUGAUUGAUGAGAAAUUAGAAUAUAAUUUAAAUUUAAUUAGAAAUAUAAUAUUUCAUAUUAAUUUAUUAUGCAAAAUUUAUUUAUAACAUCUUCCCUGAAGAGAUAAAAACAAUUUCAUUUCAUAAAUAAUGAACUAUCAUUAAUGAUUUUUAUAAAAAUCUUUAGUGAGGCCAAAGAUUUAUAUAUUAUGCUAAUGAAGGUUAUGAUCCAGUCUUUGGUCUGAACUAGACCAAUACACAUGCAUGAUCUUAAAUAAAAGACUGGUCCAGGACCAGUUUUUUUUAAUUUUUUGUUAUAUAUUACAUAUAUUUUUGUUUUCCCCUAAUUUAUUUUUAGUUUAUUAUAUAAAAUAUAAAAGUAUGUGUUAACAAUAUAAUAAAUAAUAUAAAAAGAUAAAAUAUACACAAAAAAUAUGAAUUGAA